UGUAAAUACGCUUUAAAAAAUUUAUAUGUAAAAUGAUGGCUUUAAACCCUCUUUUCUCAAUGAGUAAAAUGUACAGCACACAUGCUCUUCUCUUGCUCUUGGUUAAGAUGGUGCCUUUUAAAGCUGCUCUGUAAAAAGCCUGUUUAAAAAAAGCCUGCUCAUUGUGUUCUAUAUUAAGCAAUGAUGUAGGCAGACUUGGAUGGGGUAAUUGCAGCCCUAAAGAUGCUAGCACGUCAGGAAAUGGCAUUGCUGAGAGGAGCCGAUGUUUACUGACUGUGUAAGUGGUGAAUGAGGGAAACUGAAUACAGCCUUGCAGAAUCAUGACAAAAGCUUCCAUAAACUUUAAAGUAAUUCUGUGCAUGUCCUUCUAAGACAUACAGAUAAAUAUGACAUGCAUCUGGAAUGUUACCUGUGUCAGCCUCACUGUAUUUUGGUGGACGUUCAUUUUAGAGCUCAGGAGUGGCAAAAAGCCCUAUUGCUGGUAGAUCGGUGGCUCACAUCACCUCUAACACGCGCUCUCUGCCAAGUCAGCUGCAUUUCCUUAUGGGCUUCAAUAUCAGCAUGUGCUAACAUUUGAGUACUUGAUUUUGGCAAUGUCAGUGCUCUGAUAAAUGUGAACAUGUCUGCGUGCAGGGGAGAACGUCGUACACUUGUAUGUGAAACUGUAAAGUGUUUGAGCAAACCUUCUGCUAGUAAUUAUUUGCUAGUAGUACUGUGGAAAACAGAAACUUUCCCUGUCCUCAGUAAAAGUUGCCUUUUGAGAAGCUCUGCAAAUAUUUCUCAAUGACUCUAUAGCCAACUGAUGUAACAAUGGUACUAAUAUUGGGACGCAGACUGAAUAGAGAGGAUAGCGGGAUACGAGAUUCCCCUGCCACCAAGCGGAAAGUGUUUGAAAUGGACCCAAAGUCGUUGUCAGGCCCUGAGUUUUUCGACUUCUCCUCGGGAUCAUCCCAUGCCGAAAGCAUUCUCCAGAUCUUCAAUGAAUUCCGAGACAGCCGGUUGUUCACAGAUGUUAUUAUCUGCGUGGAGGGAAGGGAGUUUCCCUGCCACCGAGCUGUUCUCUCAGCCUGCAGCAGUUACUUCAGAGCUAUGUUCUGCAAUGACCACAGGGAGAGCAGGGAGAUGCUGGUGGAGAUCAAUGGCAUUCUUGCUGAAGCUAUGGAUUGCUUUUUGCAGUAUGUAUACACGGGCAAAGUGAAAAUCACUACAGAGAAUGUGCAGUAUCUCUUUGAAACAUCAAGUCUCUUUCAAAUCAGCGUUCUGCGCGACGCCUGCGCCAAGUUCCUGGAAGAACAGCUGGAUCCUUGCAAUUGCCUGGGCAUCCAGCGCUUUGCAGAUGCACACUCGCUCAAGACACUGUUCACCAAGUGCAGAAACUUUGCUCUUCAGACAUUUGAGGAUGUGUCCCAGCAUGAAGAAUUCCUCGAGCUGGGGAAGGAUGAGCUUAUCGAUUACAUUUGCAGCGAUGAACUGGUGAUCAGUAAGGAGGAGAUGGUGUUUGAGGCUGUCAUGCGCUGGGUGUACCGGGCGGUCGAGUUGCGAAGGCCAGUUUUGCAUGAACUUCUGACACACGUCAGGCUCCCGUUGUUACACCCGAACUACUUCGUUCAGACUGUGGAAGUGGACCAGCUGAUUCAGAACUCCCCAGAGUGCUAUCAGCUGCUGCAUGAAGCCAGGCGAUACCAUAUCCUUGGAAAUGAAAUGAUGUCUCCCAGAACUAGGCCACGCAGAUCUACUGGUUAUUCUGAGGUGAUUGUUGUUGUUGGAGGCUGUGAACGAGUUGGAGGGUUUAAUUUGCCAUAUACUGAGUGCUAUGAUCCUGUAACAGGAGAGUGGAAGUCACUGGCUAAACUUCCAGAGUUUACCAAGUCUGAGUAUGCAGUGUGUGCCCUGCGGAAUGAUAUUCUUGUUUCAGGUGGAAGAAUCAAUAGCCGGGAUGUUUGGAUUUAUAACUCUCAACUUAACAUUUGGAUCAGAGUUGCCUCCUUAAAUAAAGGCAGAUGGCGUCAUAAAAUGGCUGUUCUUCUUGGUAAAGUAUAUGUUGUUGGAGGAUAUGAUGGACAAAACCGCCUCAGCAGUGUGGAGUGUUAUGAUUCAUUUUCUAAUCGAUGGACAGAGGUGGCUCCCCUUAAAGAAGCUGUGAGCUCUCCAGCUGUCACCAGCUGUGUUGGCAAACUCUUUGUGAUUGGGGGUGGUCCUGAUGACAACACGUGUUCUGACAAGGUUCAGUCUUACGAUCCUGAUACUAAUACUUGGUUGCUCCGUGCAACUAUCCCCAUUGCAAAACGAUGUAUUACGGCUGUGUCUUUAAACAAUCUGAUCUAUGUUGCUGGUGGGCUUACCAAAGCAAUAUACUGCUAUGAUCCAAUUGAGGACUACUGGAUGCAUGUACAGAAUACAUUCAGCAGACAGGAGAACUGUGGCAUGUCUGUGUGUAAUGGAAAAAUCUAUAUCCUUGGUGGAAGACGAGAAAAUGGUGAAGCCACAGACACUAUUCUUUGUUAUGACCCUGCGACGGGCAUUAUCACAGGAGUAGCAGCCAUGCCCAGGCCAGUAUCAUAUCAUGGCUGUGUGACGAUUCAUAGAUAUAAUGAAAAAGGCUUUAAACUGUAGUUUUUUCUUGGAAAAAAAGAAGAUGGCACGAAUGAAACCAGUGGUCUGCUGCAAGACAGGCUUUUUAAAGAUUCCUGGAGUGGGAGAAUGUCCUUUCCCUGCCUAAGUGUCAUAUGAAAAUUAUAUCCUGUGCCUUUAGGAGAAGAGUUAAUUUAACUUGCAAAACAAGUCUGCAAAUCUAUCCAGUAACCAGAGUUCAGUUACAUCUACUGUGGGCUCUGAUGCAAGAGCAGUAACAAUACAUUGUACUGGUGUUCAGAAAGUUUGCCCUGUGUGUGCUUAGUAAUUAAAAUCUUGGAAGCUUUUUGGGCAAAGUGCCUUCACAAGCAUUUGUGCCUGUGUCCUAAGAAGCAUUAUCUGCAAGGUGUUUCAGGUUCUGCUAAUUGGAAAAAUACACGGGCAAGUAAAUUCCAAAGAAACAUCCAAGAUAAGUACCUACAAUUUAAAAGCUUACAUAAUUAUAGUUUAUAUGCACAGCAUUCUUACAAGCAGAUUACUUGCCUUAACUAAGUAGAUUUUAUGUCAGGUCAUACAUGGUUUGGAAUUUAAACAAAACCAAACAAAACAGACAAUAUAGGACAGAAUCUUUGAGGAACGUGUCUUUUUUGAAGGAGAAACUGGUUGUUUAGUGAGCCACUGCAACUCACUGCAGUAACAAUCAUGUACCUUAGCACUAUGGGCCUUAUUUGUAGUGUUGCUAAGCAUUCACCAGAAGUACAAGGCUACAUGACAUGGAAAACUAGUGACCACUGGGGUGUAGGCAUGCAUCUGUGGAGCAAGUCUGGAAUCUCAGUUUUUAACUUUCUGAAUAGUAGUGGCUGAAGUCUGAAAGUUACUGGGUUUGCUCUUGGCUCACUGCUAAGUGUCUCUAAACUAUUCAAGAAAUAAAGGAUCAUGACCUCUGGAUUCUACUGCUUUUUUGAAUCACAUUGUAAAUCACCUCAUGAUAGAUGUAGGGAAUGGGGUUGCAUCCUACAGCUUAUAAAUUGGUCUUUCGGAUUAUCUCAUCUGCAGAGAUGGCAGAGUACCUGCCAACUAUUUCUUGGCCUUUCUUCAGACAAUCACUUACUCUAGCACAGUUAAACUACUGUAUAAGCUGCUUGGCCACAGAUAAAGAAGUUCUGGAAAGGUCCCUCCUGUCACCAGAAAAAAUAUCUGUGGACAUGUCCACAUAGCCAUAUGAGGAAACUCCCACAUGUUUUGGAUAAUUUUGAAGCUUCAGAAUCGCCUGUAUUUUGACAUACACACACACACACUUUUUUUUUUUUUUUAAGUAAAUGUUUUUGGUUCUUUUUAAGUCCUCCCUAGGUUUCUGUACUAGGUCUCUUUAUUUCUGGUACACAGUUGUGUAGUUGAGGCACAAGUUCAUAAAAACUGAAACAGCACUUGAGAGUUGGAAAAUGCAUAGGAUUUUCUGUGUUCCAAUUUCCUGUUAAUCACCAAAAUCCUCAGGAACUGCCUUUCAAAGGAAUUCUGAGGACAGCAGCCAGUAGGGAAGUUGGUCAGUGCCAGGGCAGAAGGAAAACAUAAGGCCCCUGCAGAGACGCCUCUGGCCUCAGGGUUCUGGUCCCCAUGCUUGCUCAGGAGGGUGAAAACAAGCACCAUCUCUGGAACGUUGUUUGUUCCACUGGACUAUCCUCAUCUGUUUGCUCAGAGUAUUUCUUCAUGAGAUGGAAAUUCUGACCCUCAGUGAAGCUGUGCCAAACUGGGAGUCGUCACUUUGAGUAACAUAUGGUCAUGACUUUUAAAGAGCACUGGGAACUGCACUUAGUGAUGCAUUAACUUGUAACCUCAGGAAAGGACACAAACUUGAGUUUCUGGCUGAAUACCAAAUGUUGCUUUGUAUAUGUUAAGAAUACUGAUAAAAUAUAAAUCUCUGCAUAUCAGUGAUGUAAUUAGGAAUUCAGUCCCUGAACAUGUACAUUCACAUUGCCCUAAAAAGAAAGUCUCUUGGGAAUGUAAGACAAAUGAAUUUGAUUAAUUAAUCUUUUUCUAAGUUUCUUGUGUGCCUGCUCACCAAAUGUUCCUUUGAAAAGGUAAUUUCACUACCUGUGAAAAAGGUCCGUUGAUAGCAAUGGUAAUUGCCCAGUAACUGAUACUGUGUACUAACACUGUAUAUAACUUGUGCCAUCAUUGUAAGUGAACACAUAAAAAAUUGUAGAAGCACUUAAUUAGAGGUGCAAUUUGAGAAAUGCUCUCCUUUGAUUCCCAUCUUGUUUGUAUUAAGACUUGUGAUGUUGAUUGUCAUGCUAAACUGUUUUGAAACAUUCUUUAUUCUGUAGGUGUAGAACAAUGUCAUUUAUGCAUAGGUAUCUUUUAAUUAAUCUUGUUUAUAAUACUGCACUACUCUGUAAGUAACAAGGUACCGCUUUCCAUGGGUUUGAAGAUUUAUGUUAGUUUCGUUGCCUUUUCUUAACAAUUUAUGUACAGUUACCUAUUAUUUUGAAAACGACAGUGUUUAAUGAACCAGUAAAUUCAGAAAUGUAGCUGUAGAAGAAAACUUUGCUUAGAAUUCUUGAGAACCUGUAUUCAGUGCUGAACAGUUACAUGUGUGGAGCAUUGCUAAAGUGGCAGUUACUCAUGCAAUGAUUUCCUUGCUUGUUAACUCUGUAAAUAAUUUGCACUUACAGCCUGCUGUGUUAGAAAAGUUAUUUUUUAGAGGCACUAGAAAAGAACAAUUCAACUUUGGUUUAAUGAAAACGUACCAUUUUUCUAAGAAGGAUGUGUUAAUUUGGAAGUUGCAUUCCUGAGCCACCUGUUCUCUAAUGCAUUUCACUUGGGUAUAAAUUAAUUCAAAGAUCUAAACUCUCACUUUUAUGCAUAUCUAACUGCUUACAGUUCAUGGGCUUGAGCAGCAAGUUGUGUGGUUUCUGGUUGUGGGUUUUGGGGUGGGGUUUUCUUUUUUCUUUGUUUUGGCUAGGAGAGAAACUUAUUAAUGCCAUCUAAUAUAAUCAAAAGAUUUCCAUCAUAAAUGGUAGUAGGUUUGGUAUCUAUGAAGUAGAGAUACCCGCACAAAGAUGUAACUGCAGUCUAACUAUACAUGGGCUCAAAGCUAAUAGUUAACUCCACUAAACAGAUAAUUACCUCUUAAGCAUUUCACUCUUAAAAAGAAAUGAGAGUAAAUGUUUUUCUUCUCCAUUUUGAUGUGCACUUCAUGAAUUGCAUCCUUCUGUUUCUAGCAGUAUGAUGUUAAUUGAAAGUUGAUGCUUCCUUGCAGCAUGGCUUCUAGAAAGUUCUGAAUAGAUAAGUUCAGGACUAUAAUACAAUGCAGCGUAUAGCCACCUGCUUUUAGAUAUACCACGCAUUCCGUCAUUUUACAGCCAUCAAGCGUCUAACAUUGCCUGGUAAUCAUCUAGUUUUCCCUGUAGGCUCCCUUCUUGGUAAUGCUUCAGUAGACAUAAUUUGUGGAAUCUCUUCCACUUGUACCAUCAGAUGAUCAAUUUUAUACUAUGUGCCUGGUGCGCAUUUUGAGGAUUAGGCACUGUGCUUGCCACUCCAGCACCAAGGGUCCAGAGCUGUAGCAUUUGUUUUUAGUUGGCACCAAUGCAGUUCCUGUCAAAGAUUGCUUUUGUUUCUACUGUCUGCAGCAGAGAUACCUUUAAUGCAGAUUGUUGA